CAAGCGGUUAUAAUGGCAGCGCUGUUCAGUUAGUACUAACAAACAAAACAAAUAUAUACAAAAAAAAUAAUAUAAACUAAUUAAGUGACGACGCGCACGCAUGAAGGUUGAAAACCCGUUUAUUUUUCGUUGUAAAAAAAAUAAUAAAAAUUAAAUAAAAAAGAUGGACAGUAAAACUGACGCAGGUGCCAUUAACAAUUCCUAUGAAUUGGAUCAUACGGAUUUAGAAAGAGCUAAAAAGACUGACUACGAGAAUGAUAAUGCACAAGAUCAAGUGGACUCAGCUGCAGUUAUGGAGCAGGAACAAAGCAAACUGCCGCGCUUUGUUAAGAUUAUAUUAUAUGUAAUUUUACAUGGUUUGGUUGUGGCUUACUUCAGCUAUGCUACUUAUCAUUAUAAUGAUUUAAAUAACUAUGAAUGCACAUAUAAUGGCACAUUACCGUUAUGCGGCAUACGCUUCUGCACGGGCUAUGGCAUGUUGGUGCUGCUGCUGGGCUUCAUCUACUUGGGUCUGUUCUACUAUCUGAUAUUCAAGCCUAAACUGGGACGCAGUCUACAUCGCAAUUACCUGCAGCCCUUAGGCCAGAAGUGGCAUGACUUGAGCAGAACACGCUUGGUGAGCUCGCUUUUGAUUGUGCUCGUGCUCAUUAUUUUGGGCAUUUUCCUUUACUUUGAAACGAAGGACGAGCCACAGAAGCUGGUUUCCUUGGUGGCUCCUUGUUUCUUUAUUAUCUGCGGCUAUGCCUUCUCCACCAAGCGCAGCGCCAUCAAGUGGCGCAUUGUCAUCACCGGCAUCUCCUGUCAGUUUUUGUUGGGCGUCUUUUGCAUACGUUGGACAGUAGGACGGCAGAUUUUUGAGUGCGUUGGCAAUAAGGUUUCCACGUUUUUGGGCUAUGCCACAGAUGGUGCACGCUUUGUGUUUGGCGAUCUGCUAAUUGAGGCGCAAGUGUUUGCCUUUGCCAUCUUGCCUGUGAUCUUCUUCUUCAGCUUCUUUAUAUCCAUACUCUACUAUCUGGGCACGAUGCAGUGGGUGGUCAUCAAACUGGGCUGGAUCCUGCAGUCACUGCUGGGCACCACUGUCUGCGAGAGCGUCACCUCAGCCGCAAACAUAUUCCUGGGCAUGUCUGAAAGUCCAUUGCUCAUUCGUCCGUAUAUCAAUAAACUAACGCGCAGCGAGCUGCACAGCAUUAUGGUCUCUGGCUUUGCCACUGUCUCCGGCACAGUGCUGGCGGCUUAUUUGAGCUUUGGCGCUUCUGCCGCGCAUCUGAUUACAUCCUCGGUAAUGGCUGCACCUGCUACGCUGGCUAUAUCCAAGCUGUAUAUGCCAGAAACUGAAGAAACUCAAACAUCCAGCGAUAAUAUACAGCUGGAAAAAUCUGAGGACUCUUCUGUGCUGGAUGCUGCUUCCAGUGGCGCUUCCAAUGCUGUGCCUAUCGUUUUGGGCAUUAUUGCCAACAUUGUUGCAUUUGUCGCCUUUGUUGCUUUUCUCAAUGGCAUUGUCAGCUGGCUGGGCUUUCUGGUCGGCGCCGAACAAAUUGACUUUGAGUGGAUAUUUUCUAAGCUCUUUGUGCCCAUUGUCUGGGCCAUGGGUGUGCCUAAGGAGGACUGCCUAGAUGUGGCCAAAGUGGUGGCCACCAAAACGAUUAUAAACGAAUUUGUUGCCUAUGAGCGUCUAGGAGAAUUAAUCACUACUGAAAAAAUUACUGCUCGUAGCGCGGGCAUUGCAACCUUCGCCAUAUGUGGCUUUGCCAAUCCCAGCUCCUUGGGUAUUUUGAUUGGCUCGUUGAGCGUGAUGGCGCCCAAGAGACGUAAUGACAUCACUGCCGUUGCAUUCCGUGCGUUUAUUGUGGGCAGCAUUGUUUGCUUUAUUUCCGCCAGCUUUGCAGGCAUCCUUAUGCAGAAUGAUGAGGAGGCCCGAAAUUAUAAAUUAAUUAUUGAGAAGCUGACGUACAAAAAUGUAACGUACCCGUAUUAAAAACAUUGUUGCUCAAA